GAUUAGGGGACAGAACUCAGGCGCAGACUGGAAUAGGUGGUAAAGAAUCUUAUUUUAUUGAAGCUGUGAGUGUGGGCUGGCAGUGGGAGUGGUGGGUCUGAAGAUGGCUGGACUGGCAGAAGGGGAAAAUGUGAGUGUAGGCUGGCAGUUGGCGUUCUGGGUCUGAAGAUGGCUGGACUGGCAGAGCGGGUGCUGGGUCCGAAGAUGGCUGGACUGGCAGAGGGAGUGCCGGGUCUGAAGAUGGCUGGACUGGCAGAGGGGGUGCCGGGUCUGAAGAUGGCUGGACUGGCAGAGGGGGUGCGGGGUCCAAAGAUGGCUGGACUGGCAGAGGGGGUGCGGGGUCCAAAGAUGGCUGGACUGGCAGAGAGGGUGCUGGGUCCGAAGAUGGCUGGACUGGCAGAGGGGGGUGCUGGGUCCGAAGAUGGCUGGACUGGCAGAGGGAGUGCCGGGUCUGAAGAUGGCUGGACUGGCAGAGGGGGGGCUGAGUCCGAAGAUGGCUGGACUGGCAGAGGGGGGGCUGGGCUGUGUUCCACAGUGCGGCGUUAGACUUUAUGUUUCAGGGCGUUGCGUGGCUAUUGGCAGGAGAGGAUUCUGAAGGUGGGUUACUUCUGAGAACAGAGAUCUUCCAGUUAGUAACAUCAGGGAACGGAGCAGACGGUUAGGUA